AUGUUUUUAGAAUUCCAUCCAUACCAGGAAAGAUAUGGAUCGUAUCUUCAGACGUAUCAUAUCCAAGGAAAAAGAUGCUCAUGGCCAUAUCGAGUGAUCCCAACGAAAGCUAUGGCUCAAAUGGGAUUUGAGUUCACUCCUAAAUUCAAAGGAAAAGCACUGGUUAGAGACUGCGUGAGAUGCUCUUUUUGUGGGACAGAUAGCUAUGACUUUCACGAUUGUAGAAGCAAACCAUUGACCGCGACGCUGACCAAAGUACUUGAAAAUCAUUUGUUGAGAACUCAGGAUUCCUGUUUGUAUACCAGGCUAAAGUUUGUGCUGAUACGAUCUUUUUGGAAGAAUGAGGUCAUCGAUUGGUCUGAGCAACAAACAUUGGGAAUGCCCCACAGUGCGGAAAUCAUGCGGCUGCGACAGUGGACGUUCAAAGAAGGAUGGAUACAUGAAAGUGAGCCACCGAUUUCUUCGGCAGCAAUGGCUGAAGCGGGUCUUUAUCGCUACGAUUUGGGGCUGUCGUCGCCGGAACUUCAAGAAGAACACCCAGAUGCCACGUAUUGCAUAUAUUGCAGUAAAAUUAUAGGUUCUUGGGAAGCAGACGACGAUCCUCUUUGGGAACAUUUUGUUUGCUCCAAUGGUGGUCAAUGCCUUUUUUUUGAGACCAUGUCGAAUAGAGCGGCGGUGGUGCAAAUGAAGAGGCGGUACGAUGAAGAAGGUUACGGUAGCAAUGAUAAAUUGAUGCCAUCUUUGGACUACUACGAGACUUUUGGAUCUCAAUUACUCAAGUAUGAGCAAGAAGCAACUGCUGAUGAAUCAGAGCAUAAACGUGGUAGACCGCGGUCUCGUGGAAGUGGAGAGACAGUAACUAGGGAAGUAAAAAAAAGAGGGCGCCCUCGAAAAGAGAAACCGGCUGAACAAUUAGCCCUCGAGGAGGGCACGACUUCUUUAGAUUUUGACGGAACACCGAUGGUGAAGCGCAAGAGGGGAAGGCCACGUAAAGCUGCUAACAGUGUAUCGACGGAAAUGAAGCAGAAGCGUCCUAGAGGCAGGCCCCGUAAAGAAACCACUUCUUCGGGUAUGGGAGAUCAUGUGCCAACGAGCAUGUCACCUCCUUCUACUGGUAGCUUGAAGUUACUUGCGUCUGAUGGAACAGUUUUGGCCAACACCUCAUCUGCAGGUGACGUCAAUUCACUCCCACCCUUGAAUUUGCCUACCACCGGUGUUUCUGCGCUUAUAGGUGAGCCAGAUGUUAAAGGUGGGCUGCAACAGGUGCAACAGCCGUCUGCUGCAAUGGAAAUAGAUAAUUCACCAAAGCGCAGAAUCCGCUUGCGUCAAAAUCAGCGGCUAACCUCCACGGAAGAUCAAGAAAUUGACAGUGACGACAAUUCAACGAAAAGCAUAGUGUUCAAUUUCAAUAAUUCCUCACCUAAGAGCAAGGCGGAAGCCAGAAAUCCGAUAAUUGACGACAGUUUUGACGCUUUUAGCUUUAGCGCUCAUGGGAAUAGUGAAUUUGUGAUUCCAGAGAGCGCUUUUCAAACAAAGAAAACGAGCAUACUGCAGCCUCUAGCUGAGAAAAGCUUUGGUGUCGCGACCUUGCAGCACAGCGACGAUGAAUAUACCAAAGAGAGCUCUUUAUGUCCAAAGCCUACUUCUAAAGAUAACGCUCUAGACGACAUAGACAUGAAUGUCGAAAUGAGCGACGACUCUUCGGAGAGUUUUCCUCUUUCGAAAGCUUCAACCCCCAUCGGCUCACCAGCCCGAUCGCUGUCACCGCGUGGCAAACCAGUGGUCGAAGCGAGACCUGACACUCAAGUUGAUAAAACAGAAAGAAAUUCGAUCUCCAGUGCGAGAAUAGGAUCAAACAUCGAUGAAGACAACAGCUCGCCGAUAGCCGGAAAAAUUGACAAUCUCAAAUCUUUUCCUAGCGGCGGAAAUGUCGGUAGUCAUGAGUCUGAACCCGUAUUAGAAACCGCGGGGUAUCCAUCACGCGUUGAAGAGCGUGUCAAUAUGUCGUUUCCAACCCCGGCACCUAACCUCCUGACGAUAGGAAACGAAAGCGCCCGGCCACUAUCAGCAAACUCGGCUGUUACAACAAGAGAAAACUCUAAGAGGGGAUCUCUUACAUCCAGACUUCCAGAGGACACAUCCUCACAACAAGGAACGCCUACUCGAGAUAAAUUUUCGGUUGAUUCAGGAUCUGUGAACGUCUCUUCGUCUGCUGCAGAAUUGCGAAAUUCCUUCAACAAGGUGGACGAGGAACGGGCUCUUCUGGCGGACUAUUUCCGCCAGCUUCUGCGAUACAUAAACGUUAAAGACUUAUCUCUGUCAAGUGAGGUGGAUGGAGACUUGAACUUCUUUGUUCUACACAUGCCACUGCGGGAGAAGCAAUUGACCUUCACUGCAUGGGUUGAUACGAAACAGUCAGAGCUCAAUAAGGAGUUUGAAAGAGACUACAAAAUCAAGGUUGCUAAGCUAAAGAAGCAGUUUGAAUUGGCCAAACGUCUUAUAGAGAACAUAGACAAUGACGAGACACUUUUGAGACUGGCAAAACAUUAUGGAGCUCUGGACCAAGCGAACAGAGCACAUUGA